AGUGGUCAGUAUCAGCAGCGGCGUCUCAGCCUCUCCUCCCGUUCGCCCUCGCUUGCUUCCUUUUAUUCCCUUGCUUCCUGAUUGGCGGUUUGGUGGUGUUGGCCCCUGCCUCGCCUUUGAUGCGGCGGCCGCCCCGUGACCUUGUUUCCAUUUUUGGGCGGCGGCCAGGCCAGGGUUCGGUUCGGAUAAGGCGGCCUCCCAAUUUCGACGGAGGGAGCCGUUGCGGGGAGCUUGUAGUGGUAGUGGGUUCGGGACUCUGGAAUCGAGUUCUUCCGCUUGUUGGAUCGGCGGGAGAUGGGAUCCUGUUCAUCGGAGCAGCGUACUGAUGGCCCUGUCUUGUGGGGUGGGAGCAGGAUUGAUUUCUGCGUUACGGGCUGCAGCUUGGUUUUGUUGGUCGAGUGGAGGGAGAAUUCCCGUGAUCUUCAGUCCCGGGCUCCAGGCUGUGUCACAUGAUGUUUGGUUUUCCCUUUUGAUCUGCGUUUUGUUACUGACUGCGGUUUUGAAUGGUAGCUAGAGCUGAAACUCGAGUCUCGCAGCAAAAACCUUGCCAUUGUUGAAUUGGCCCUGAUGUUUCAUGUCCAGUGUUUGUGUUCUUCCGCUCCAUGAUUCGCGACUAGCGAGCAUGUGUUCUGCCAUGGAUUCAGAGCGUCGUGGAGUUUUUUCGUGUCGCCGAUCAAGUCAAGAUCGCUACCCUGUUUUGCACCGAUCAUAUCCUGCUUUCAUUGUCGAUCCUCGUUUGUGACGUACUGCCACUGUUCAUCUCGGUUUGACUUUUCCAUCGCUCGUCUUCCUGAUGCCACUGAAACAGCGACGGCCACGGCCUGAGCGGCGCUGCCAGCAAGGCGGCUAGUAUGAGCAGCAUGGAGUCGCGGCCGGGCCGAACGAACCUGGUGGAGCCCAUAGGGCACGGCGCCGCGCUGCCGUCCGGCGGCCAGGCAGUGCAGCCGUGGUGGACGAGCUCCGGGGCUGUGCUCGGUGCAGUCUCGCCAGCCGUCGUGGCGGUGGCGCCCGGGAGCGGGACGGGGAUUAGCCUGUCGAGCAGCCCGGCAGGUGGUAGUGGUGGUGGCGGCGCGGCUAAAGGAGCCGCGAGUGACGAGAGCAGCGAGGAUUCACGGAGAUCUGGGGAACCAAAAGAUGGAAGCGCUAGUCAAGAAAAGAACCAUGCCACAUCGCAGAUACCCGCUCUGGCGCCAGAGUAUUUGGCACCAUACUCGCAGCUGGAACUGAACCAAUCAAUUGCUUCUGCAGCAUAUCAGUACCCAGAUCCUUACUAUGCAGGCAUGGUUGCUCCCUAUGGAAGUCAUGCUGUGGCUCAUUUUCAGCUACCUGGACUAACUCAAUCUCGAAUGCCAUUACCUCUUGAAGUAUCCGAGGAGCCUGUUUAUGUAAAUGCCAAGCAGUACCAUGGUAUCUUAAGACGACGGCAGUCCCGUGCUAAGGCUGAACUUGAGAAAAAGGUGGUCAAAGCCAGAAAGCCAUACCUUCACGAGUCUCGUCAUCAGCACGCGAUGAGGAGGGCAAGAGGAAACGGGGGACGCUUCCUGAACACAAAGAAAAGUGACAGUGGUGCUCCCAAUGGCGAAAACGCCGAGCAUCUCCAUGUCCCUCCCGACUUACUACAGCUACGACAGAACGAGGCUUGAAGUAGCGGUAUGGCUCUGGCAUCCUUGAACAGCAGUUCCUGUCCACGGGCGUAGGCAUUCGAGACCGGAUUCAUAUAGCUCUCCACAGCAUACGCGCAGCCAUCUCUGCGGUAACGCACGUUCUCCUGAACGAGCUUUGUAGCGAGAUAGGUAUGCAAGUGCAAUCUGGGCGCAGGAAUCCAUCAUCAAGUGCCCAAUGCCCAUGGGGUAGGUACGCUGUUUCAGGCAAUUCAUUCUUGGCUUUCACGUUCCACCCUUGUGUAACUGGUGUGUUGUAAAUGUGUGGAAAACUAAGCUUGUGCUCUGUAUCGGGCCGUUCAGCGGAACUGCAAAACGCCUGUAUAAUUAAGAUCGAACUUUGGAUUAACUCGGUAAUGCUUUGUCUGGUUUUCUUUUAGCUUUUCAACUGUAACACGGCCACAGCUGAUUCAUGUGAUGUGCUUGCAUA